UUCUCAAGAUACCCUAUUUAAACUCGGUCGUCUAAUCCCUGAAAUCGUCGAAUACCAAAAAGACUUUUGAGAGAGAGAGAGAGAGAGAGAGAGAUGAGUGGGAGAAUGAGAGGAGGGAAUCUGACAAACCCAUGCCUGACCAUGCAUCAGCCAUGGGCAUCGCUUCUCGUGUACGGCAUAAAGCGCAUCGAGGGUAGAUCAUGGCCCGCCCCAAUCAGAGGUCGUCUUUGGAUUCAUGCUGCUGGGAAAGUUCCUGAUCAAGAUACAAUUAAGGCAAUGGAGGACUUCUACAGAGAAAUCUAUGCUGUAAAUGGGGUUACAGAUCUGAAGUUUCCAGAACAUUACCCAGUUUCACGACUUUUAGGUUGUGUAGAGGUAGUUGGGUGUGUUAAACGUGAAGAGUUGGUGUGCUGGGAGGAUGUACCUGAAGGGGUGAGACUAGAAGGGCAAACAGACUUCUGCUGGCUCUGCGAACAACCGCAGAAAUUACUUGUCCCAUUUGAAAUGCGAGGCUAUCAGGGUGUCUAUAACUUGGAAAAAAAGAUCUACGAGGCAGCAGUAAGAGGUCUUUGUCCAAUUGAAGGCCCACUACCUGUAAAGUUCCCACUUCCAGAUCCUUCGGACCCUUUUUCCUUGAAGCCAGGAUCACUUGCAUUGCGCUUCAAUGGCUCUAAUGCAUCUGAAGUGGAAAAACCACCAAGUCUCAAUGCGGCCAUAGCUGGUGCCCGAGCUGCAGCUACGCAAUUCUCAAAGAAGGAGCCAAGCAAAAACCCCACAAGAUAUGAUGCUAAUUUUAUCCGGAGUAGAGAUACGCGCAACUCUACGGAAACAAGUCGAUGGAAGGACAACGGAGCUGUGGAAGAGGAUAAAGGGCCUUCUGGCCAAUCGAAUGGUGGAUAUCACAGAUGGGAGAGGGCCCACCAGAAUGCGGAAGAAAAUAGUUGCAUGGAUCAUGACAGAAAUAGCAGCAGGCGCUAUCAAGGCGAUGGUAGAAAUUUUAAUCAACAACUGGGGGCUUCUUCUAAGAUUUUUGCAGCAGCAAUGAAAGGAUUGAAGCCAGCAGGAGCCAACAGAGCUUGAUCUUGGUUGUUUGCCCGGAGGCGGCCCUGGACAUUAUUCUUGUGGAAUGUAGUGGAACAAAUUCGGAUUGUAGAAAAAAAGAAGAAAUAUUGUGAAAACUCAUGGAUUGUGCCCCCUUCAACUUCUGAUUUGCGGAUUCACAAAAACAUCCCCAGCCAUUGGAUCUGCUGCACCGAGUUGGAGGGGUGGUUUCAUUGACAGUACCAGAUUUGUAUAUUGCCUUUCUUCCUUUCUUUUCAUCAUCAUAAUUAUCAUAAUCAUAAUCAUCAUUAUUAUUUUUGUAUUUUUGUGUUUGAUUGAUUUCUUCUGAAACUCAAACAGUAGAACUGUGUGUAUUAACUUCAUUCGGUUAGAUUAUGUAAAAUAAUAGACAGAAAUCGUAUGGUAGAGAAGCAUAGGUUAUCGUUUCAUCGCUUGAUAAUAAAAUCAGCCUCUUUUGUA